GCGCAACUGGAAGCCCUGUCGAGGGCUCAUGGUCUUGUGGGAAAUGUAGUCCCGCGCGCCCAGUGCGGCUGCCUGUGCCGCCAGCCUCUGGCUUCUUCAGUGACUGUGCAGGAGUCUCUCAUGUCUUCCUUGCCGUCCCUCAGCUCCGCCCCUAGAGACUGCACAUUUUCUAAGAAGGCCCCCCAGGAAGGAGGAAGGCAAUGGCUGUUAGGCCUCUGCCAUUGGCAGCUCAGGAGUUACUGACAUACAAAGAUGUGUCUGAGGACUUCACUUGGGAGGAGUCAAUGCAGCUAUAUUCUGCACAGAGGAACCUGAAUGGCAGAGUGAUGCUGGAGAACUGUAGCACCCUGGUCUCCCUGGGUGAGCACCCCCGCCUUCAGCCAUCUGCCAUAUGGAAUACACAGGGCAUCAGCCGUCCAAACCAAAUGUGAUCUCGGAGCUGGGACAAGAACUGACCCUGAAAAAAGGAGAAUUCCCAGGUUGCAUCUCUCUGGGCCUGGCUCGUUGUCUGUGAGCAUCCUGUGCUCCCAAGAGGAUCUCCUAGACUGGGUUUUAAAACUUUGUAGUUGGUGAUGAUGAAAAUUAGUGAAGAAUAAAGAAAGCAGAUGCCCAGGGUCCAGAACCUAGACCAAGAACAAGCAUCCCAGGCGAGCACUAACCUCUCCCCAGCACUGAGCACUAUUCUGAUUUGUGAUAAUUUCUAUAUUAGUCUCGGUUCUCUAGAGAAAUGGAAGGGGAUUUAUUAGGGUAGUAUACAGGCUCUGGUCCAACUAGCUAGUCCAACAAUGGCUGUCUCUUAAAGAAAGGGCCAAAAAUCCAUGAGUCUGGGUGUGUCAGCUGCUCUUCAAUCUGUAUUGGAAUCCCACAGAAGUAGGUUCUGAUACCAGUAAAGGAAUGCCCUGGGCGCAGGACAGAUGAGCUGUUAGUGAGAGUGAGAGCAAGCAGGCAGAAGCUUCCUUCCUCCAUGUCCUUUUGUGUGAACUGCCACCAAAUGUGGCCCAUAUUUAGGGGGAGAGGGAUCCUACUGCAGAUGGCCCAAAUUUGUCUUCCCACUUCAAAUGAUCCAAUCAAAUAAAUCCCCCCACAGAUAUGCCCAACUAUUGGGUUUUAGUUAUUACAGAUGUGGUAAAGUUGACAACCAGGAUUAGCCAUCACAAGUCUAUUCCUUGUCAACUUGACAAACAAUCGCAUCGUGGCCAGUUACCAAUUGAAAAUGAUAAUGAGGUCAUAAUUCCACUUAACAAGAUGUAACCACCCCAACUUUAACCAUAAAUGUAUUAUAGGUGGCAAUAUCCCCUGAAGAAUGGUUGGUCUUUUAGUGUCUCAUAACUUACCUAUGAUAACCAUUAAUAUUAUCUCAAUUGAUAUUAUAUGAUAAAAAAAUAAAGAAACACAAAUAUCAACUAAUAUAUAUGUAUAUACGCACAAACUCAUCCUUAACAAGAUAGAAAAGAAACACUCGAAUCAAUUGUAAUUUGUUUUUCUUUCAUGUGGCCUAACUACCCAUUCUGCACCUCAGCAGGUCUUGGUUCUUUUCCUGGAGGAGUGACUCAUACCUUCAUUCCUGAAGGUCUGGACCCUUUGUCCUCCUGCCUGGAUUGGGUUGUUUUAGUUUCUCACUGACUUUAAUCACAAACACUGGUAGCACCAAGACACACCCUGAAGGCUCUCCUGCACUCCAGACUUAGUCUUUCUUACCUCCAUUGUAGAGAAGCAAUUGAAUUUCUUCCUGGUAAUCUUGACCAGCCACCCCUCCUAACACUCUUCUUCCUUUCCUAGCCUGUUUGCUUAAGAGGAUCAGAACCCAAAGUGGCCAGGGGAUGAGUCUGAGCUUCCAGUUCAGUGGAGUUCUGUUGCGUCCUGGCAGGAGCGCAGCCCCAUCUGGAACCAAAACUUCUGGGCCAGCAGAACUUAAGGUCAUAGGAACUUAAUGGUUCAUAGGAACAGGAUGCAAGCUUUUUUCAAACGGAUCAGUAGGGUUGAUAACGAGUGGAACUAUUCCCAUUCCUACCUCCACUUGAUUCCUGGACCAGUGAAUUCUGUGGAAGUACUACAUAUUGGGUGAAGAUUAAAAGCAUAUACCUUCUUCUUCCAGCCGUCCAGGCUGCUUGCUGCUCCCUAAUUGGCACUAUAACUGUGUCUUCAAAAGGCCAUCCCAUCCUUCUCUCAGACCAGCUGCUUAAGGAUCAUGGAUUCCAUGAGCUUAGGCCCACUGUCACACUUCUCUGCCUAUGAGUUCCUCGGUUAGAACCCAUGCUAUAUUGAAUAGCAUAACAGUGAACAAUGCGUUCUGUCAGUCUCCAAAUGGCACUGCUGGCAGCAUUCCAUACAGGAAAGGCAAACCCAUAACCAGAAAAAGAAUCUAUUCCAGUAAGGACAAAAUGUUGCCGUUUCCAUGAUGAAAGUGGCCCCAGUGCAGUCCAGUUGACAGUCAAGGUCAGCUGUCACAAUUCCCUUCUCCGGCUCUUCUUUACCAUUUGUCUGUGCUAAAGAUUUUCUCCUGCACUUUUUGUUGGCUUCUGGGUAGCAAUUCACAUUUCUCAAAGAACUUUAAUGGGAUAACUGGAUGCUGCCAGAGUGAGCCGGAGCAAGAGACCACUGCGAGCUCAUAUUGCGUGCUAAUACCACGAGAUAGACAUUCUCUGCAGAGUUCUUUAGGACAUAUAUUUGGUGGUAAUUCCUGCUUGACUUCUGAUUUUUCUAUUUAUUAGAGCAGAUCAACACGGAAAGGGAAAGCCCUGUUGUGUAUAUUUCUUGAUUCUCAGCCUUUGGUUUACUGCUCCCCCAUGUUAAUCUCUGCUGUUAACGUUGAUUGACAGCCCUACAGCUGGUACUCAGGCUCCAGGUUCCUGUCCUCAUUCCUCACUGCCUCCUGGACUUGUUUUUGUCUGUGAUACGAACUGGGGUCUUAGGAAUCUGAGCAGCUUCAGGGUCCUUUCUUCUGCUCAGUUACCUGUAGCAAGCAGUUCAACAGCUUCUCUUCACCUUCCUCUGCUCAGCACGAAUUCUCAACUUCAUAGAGAGAAAUUUAAGGAAAGAGUAGGAUGUGUAGGCCUAUUGCAUUUAUGAGUGGAACUGUCUGCUUAAUGGUUAAGAGGAGAAGCCUGGAAGACAGCGUCAUCCUCCAUUAAGAGUUGGAGCUUCAAAUAUGUUCUGUUUUUGUGUUGUAGAUGCAGGUAUUUGCUAAGAGCACUUUACAUAUAGUGUCUUACUCACUAUCGAGAAUUUUAUCCUCCUUUACAUCUGUAAAAGUCCAUAUGGAAGUAAACAAGUAAAUCAUUAAGGUAGUGUUAAAAUUCAGUUUAAACUUGUAUGUGUGACUUGAAGGGCAACAAUAUUUUCAUGCUUUGAUAUUUCAUUAGAUUGAUUUAGUGUAGAGUUGUAAGAAAUUACUAGUAGGAAUGCCAGAUGGAUAGGCAUCUUGGUUUCUUUAACCGACAUGGGGCAGAAAGAAAGUAUUUCAGCUUACAGUACCAGGUUACAGUCCAUCAUGGCAGAGAAAACUCGGUAGAAGAAGACAGAGACUGCUGGUCACAUGAACACAGCACAGGGCUUGCCAGUACUCAGCUGGCUAUUCCCCUUAUAAAGGAGUCUCUGCCCAGGCAACAAUCUCAUCCACAGUCUAUACGGGUCUUCUGACAUCAAUUAAUGUAAUCAAUAUAAUCCCCCAUGGGCAUGUCCUUAGGUCACCCAACCUAACAAUCCCUCGUUGAGGCUUCCUUCCCAGAUAAAUCUAGAUUAAGUUAACAAUGAAGAUGCUCCCAAUUUCACCCCUUGUCAAUAUGAUACCAAAACUAAUCUAUUUUAAACCAUAACCUACCCCUUGUCUCCACAGGCUCAUUACCAUGUUAUAAAAUGUAUUUAAUCCAUCUCUUUUCUAAGACAUAACCUAGAUGCCCUUGUGUGCUCAAUUUACCCUACCACUGUCCACAUUAAUUACUCCACUGUCUUGAAAUACAGCUUAUUCACGUUCUCAGGACAUGGGCAGAAUAAAGGCAGAUAUUUCAACAAAAUAUAGCACUAAUGGCCCUUAGACCAGUCCCUGAUAGACUCCCUGUUUUCCUGUGAAACCUUAUGGUCCAUCUUUAUCUCAAUCUUGUAAGCUCUCCCCAGCACGAGUUAAACUCCGAAUCCUGCAUUCAGUGUACCAGAUUCUUCCACAUUCUAGCCACAAAUGUGUCCAAAGGUGUAAGAACAACACAGUCAAGUAACACACUAAAGGUCCCACUUCUAGUACCGAUUCCUGUCUUAGUUACUUAUCUGUUGCUGUGAUGAAAUACUCUGACAAAAGCAGCUUAGAAAGUGUUCACUUCACUCACAGCUCACAGUAAAGUCCAUUCUUGAUAGAGAAGACAAGAGUGGCAAGUGGCUGAGGGAGCUGGUCACAUUACAUCAGCAGUCAGAAGAAGAGAACAAUGAAUGCAUGCUUGGUAGUGGUCAGCUCCCUGUCUAUCCUCCUCUUAUACAGGAUCCCCUGCCCAAGAGCAGGCCCAGAUGAGCAUUCUCACAUGUGUUAGUAGAAUCACAACAACACUCCAAAGUCAACUCAGUCUAGGUAAUCCUGCUAGAUAUGGCCUUGCCAGGCGAUUCUGAAUUCUGUCAAGUGGAUUAAGUAAUCAUCAAAUAGAGCACACCAUCCUCACCCGCUUUCCCUUGCCAGUCUCUUCUGGGUAUUGUCCCCGAGUUCUACAGUAACAAUUGAUCCGUCCCUCCUGGAUGAGGUGUCCCCUUCUCUCCACUUCUGCAGUGGAUCUGCCAUUGUCUUGGUUCUUCCGCUUUUGUGGACUGCUACAUUGUUCUUCACUUUUAGACUUCUCUAGGAAUUGAAGAUCUUUGGUCAAAAUCUCUUCAGUGCAGGUAACAGUUAUUCUACCUUUAUUCUCUUAGGCCCUCCACCUCAUGUGGCUUCUAGUCACUUAGCACAGGAAUCAAUAUGCAUCUGAAUUUGUUUCCUUUUUCAGGCUGCGAGACAAAACUUGAAACAAGAGAGUCAACUCCAAAGUCCACCAUUACUGGAAUUUUGCCCUAUGGGGUCAUAAUGGACAGGGAAGAUCUCUGGCAUUCAGCUUUGGGGGCUGUCUGGGAUCCUACCUGUUGGUUAAAGGGGCAACAGGAGAGAUACCUGGGCCAAGUGACAGUGGCCCAAAAGGAAAUCUAUAAUGAGAAGAGUGUGUGUGGAGGUAAUACAACUGAGAACUCUUCCACUGAGGGAUCAAUGCUUAAUACACCACAAAGCAUUCCUGUGACACCUUGUAAUUGGAAUUCAUAUAGAAAAGAUUCUAAACAAAAUUCUGAGUUAAUGAAAACUUCAAGAAUGUUUGUACAAAAGAAAGUAUAUGGCUGUGAUGAGUGUGGGAAAACCUUCAGGCAGAGUUCAUCCCUGCUUAAGCAUCAGAGGAUUCACACUGGGGAGAAACCCUACACAUGCAACGUGUGUGACAAGCAUUUCAUCGAACGCUCCUCCCUCACUGUGCAUCAGAGGACUCACACGGGAGAAAAACCCUACAAAUGUCAUGAGUGUGGGAAAGCCUUUAGUCAGAGUAUGAACCUUACUGUUCAUCAGAGAACUCACACUGGAGAGAAGCCUUAUCAGUGCAAAGAGUGUGGGAAAGCAUUCCGCAAGAAUUCAUCCCUUAUUCAACACGAAAGGAUUCAUACUGGAGAGAAGCCCUACAAAUGUCAUGAUUGUGGGAAAGCUUUUACACAAAGCAUGAAUCUUACAGUGCACCAGAGAACCCAUACUGGUGAAAAACCCUAUGAAUGUAACCAAUGUGGCAAAGCCUUCAGCCAAAGCAUGCACCUUAUUGUUCAUCAGAGAAGUCACACUGGAGAGAAACCCUAUGAAUGCAGUGAAUGUGGGAAAGCCUUUAGUAAAAGCUCAACUCUCACUCUACAUCAGAGAAAUCACACUGGAGAAAAGCCCUACAAAUGUAACAAGUGUGGUAAGUCCUUUAGUCAAAGUACAUACCUUAUAGAACAUCAGAGACUUCACUCCGGAGUGAAACCUUUUGAAUGCAAUCAGUGUGGAAAAGCUUUCAGUAAGAAUUCUUCCCUUACUCAGCAUCGCAGAAUUCACACCGGUGAGAAACCUUAUGAGUGUAUGAUCUGUGGAAAGCAUUUCACUGGAAGAUCAUCCCUAACUGUACACCAAGUUAUACACACUGGAGAGAAGCCCUAUGAGUGCACUGAAUGUGGAAAGGCAUUCAGCCAAAGCGCCUAUCUCAUUGAACAUCAAAGGAUUCAUACUGGUGAAAAACCCUAUGAAUGUGAUCAGUGUGGGAAAGCUUUCAUAAAGAACUCAUCCCUUAUAGUGCACCAGAGGAUACAUACAGGAGAGAAACCCUAUCAGUGCAAUGAAUGUGGAAAGUCCUUCAGUAGGAGUACAAACCUUACAAGACAUCAGAGGACUCAUACAUGAGAAAUGCUCUGGUCAACUCCUUCAUUUUGUUUAACCUUUUGAUACUAAUCAGAUGUCACACUGAUGUAGAUACUUAGUAAAUAUAACUAAUGUGGUAACUUUUUAGUUGAAGAACAAUAUAGCAUAGCAGAUAAUAAAAUCAUAGAGAGUAACCAUGUGAAAGUGGAGAACCCUUGAUUCAGAUUUGAGUAGCUAUGACAUAAAUAAUGAAGCUGUAUUUGGUCACACUGGGAAAUCUGAUUUGGGCAUCACAAAAUUCACAUUGAAUGGACAAUGUGAUAGUGAUUAACUGGACAGCCAAAAAAUCUGAUUCACCCAGUUCUAACCGCCCAUGAGCCCUUUAUCUAGUAAUGAGAGAUUUGGAAUAUACAAAGUCUGUAGGAUCUAUAUUAUCCAAAAUGCCCAACACGAAGAUUCAGUGAAUUUUUUUUUGCUGUUGUAUUUGCUAUGGAGAUGCUUUUAUUUCAUAGUAUUUUUGGGGUGUUUUAGGUUAAAGUUUUCUACCUCUGACUCUUACUGUCCUUCAAAUCCCUGAAUUACUAACUCUUAAAAUGUAAGCUAGUUGCUACUGGGUGGCAGAUAAAUUGUGCAUAUUUUAAUGCCAUAGCAUGCUGUUUUGAGUUCUCAGCUAAUAGUCAUUAAACUGUUGUUAAAUAAAUUUACUCUAUUUAGAUGACAAUGUGACUUAAAUAUAAUCUCUAAUUAUCUAGGAAUCAAAUACAUAUCUUUGUGUCUUAUUGGAGAGUCAUAGAAAUUUAAAUACAGAUGAAUUGAACACUAAUUGUGCUGGACAGUAUUAUGUCAACUUGAUUGUCAACUAAAGUCAUCUAAGAAGAGGGAAUCUCAAUUAAGAAAAUGCCUUUAUAAGAUUGGGCCAUAGGCAUACCUACAGGGCAUUUUCCUAAUUAGUGAUUGAUAGGGGAGGAUCCAGCCAUUUGUGGGUGGUGCCAUCCCUUGGCUGAUGGUCCUGAGUUCUAUACAGAAAGCAGGCUGAGCAAGCAGCACUCCUCAUGGCAUCAGCUCCUGCCUCUAGGUUCCUGCCUUGUUUAGUUCCUGUCCUGACUUUCUUUGGUGAUGAAAAGUGAUAUAGACAUGUAAGCCAAAUAAACCUUUUCCUCCACGAGUUGCCUUGGUCAUGGUAUUUCCUCACAGCAAUAGAAACCCUAAGACACUAAUAGACAUAGGAAUUCACAAAUUAAUAAAACAUUUGCAAUUCUAAACCUACUCAGAACCACCACUGGAAUAGUUUAUACAGCAUGAUAAUAUUAGGAUUAUUAAGCACCUAUUGACUGAGUCCUAAGAGAUAAAUAUGUGGGAAAAUCCCUGCAGGCUUUCUGGAUGGCAGGGACGGUUUAGUCCAAGAAGAGACAAGGCAUCAUUCAUAACGAUUAAUUUUAUGACCUAGAACAAUACUCAAGUUUUGGGGGAGGAGAAGUCUAGGAAAAACAAACAAUAUUGAGGAAUAUAGGUGGAGUUUGUCUCUAUAGUUAGCAAAAGAUACCAAUUUGCAAACUAUAUUUCAGCAUUUCAGGAAAACAGCAAAUAUCUUCUCCCUUUGGAAAAAACAGCUUUGCUUCUCCAGUCUUACUUCAGGGCUUAUCUGUGUGCUUACCUUUUGCCCUCUACAAGCUAUAAUCAGAAAACUUAAAAUUAAGUUUAUAUAUUUUUCAGUUUCUCAGCAGCUAUGAAUGUGGCAGUGUGAUGAAGGGAGAAAUGAUACUAAAUUGAUAAUGACACAGAACUCAGAAUAUUGUUAAUUGAUUAAAUAUGACUAUUUGAACAAGAGGAGCCCAGAGUGAUUCGAAUUUCCUAUUUUGGAUUUCAUAAUUGUAAACAUAACAACAUGUUUUGUGGGACAGUGAUUGAGGCAGAAUUUUAGCAAUACCAUUGAAUCUGGAGUAGUGGCACCUAAGCUUUGAAGUAGCCUUUUGUCAAUGAUUGUUAUCUGAGAUUUUAUGGGGUUAUUGAGGUUAUUCUUUGAAGGAGUCUUAGAACCUCUGCAUAACUUGGUCUCCAGACGGGCCUGGCAAACCAGGAAGUCUCGUAUGGCUGAGUAUGACUUGGAUGAUGGGAAUUGCUUAGGUGAUGGAUCUUUCAAGACAACCAUAGGUCAGAAUAAUUUUUGGGACGUGGAAAUUGCUAGAGGUACCUUUUCUGUAACAAUGAGAAGAGCUUCUAGGAAGCUAUCAGUGUUCAGUCCUUGAGAGGCUGAUCCCUGUUGUGAAUAGCCUUGGGGCUAAUUACAUUUGAUGUUAAUUCCAUUCUGUGAGUGGCUGUGAACAAGGAAUGAGUCAGCACUCAGAUGAUUUCCUGUAAACCAGCUUCUCAACUUAAUUUGUAAAAUAAAAGAGAGCUGAUGAUUGGGCAGAUAAAAGGGAAGGUGGAGUGAAAGGUGGGGGAGAAGGAGGAGGAAAUGGAAGAGGGAGAGGAUGCAGAGGAGGAGGAAGAAGAAAAGCAGAGCAGAAGCACAUGGCCUGGAGAAACCCCAAGUUCUAAGGGGUUUCAUAGAUAUGGAAGAUGGUAGUGUAGUGGUAGAUCUGCCCAAUCUAGGCACACAGCAUGUAAUCAUA